AUGAAAAUGGUCGAGCAUGGCCCAUACGAGUUUGAUUUUGAUCCCACAGAGGUCGGGGAUCUGUUCGACUCAGUUUCACAGCUCCUAGCUCGCGAGCCUAGCCUUCUACAGUUGGCAUCCGACGUGUGGAUUUAUGGCAACCUCGAUGGCAACUAUUCCACUGUGUACCGAUGGCUACAUUCAAAUGGAUGGCCUCCAAAGCGAAAAGUUCUAUUUCUCGGGGGAUACACAGCUGAUGGCCAGUAUUACUCGCUGGAAACUAUCACACUUCUCUUUGCCCUCAAGAAACAAAUGCCGAAUCAUGUGUAUCUGUUACGAGGUGCUUCAGAAGUUUAUCCUAUACACAUAGAAGGCCGUUUUUCUACGGCAGAGUCACUCGAAUGUUUGGAAGGAGUAAUUCAGCGAGCAUGUGGGUACCUGCCACUGGCUGCAACCGUUGCCGAUACGAUCUUCUGCUGUCACGGUGGAAUCACUCCUAGGCUUACAAAAUUGAGUGACGUCACCGACAUCAGACGCCCGAUACAUCAUAUCAGAAAGGGCACAGUUGCAGCGGAUCUCAUUUUCAGUGUGGUCAGCAAAACGGCUGGACUCAUACCCGGCGCCCGUGGUCGUCGAUUCAAUCCCAUGUGUGACGAAACGGAACUUGUUCUCAGAGCACUGGGAAUGGAGAUGCUUGUCAGAAGCAGAAAUCCUGUCAAACAAGGAUAUCAGUCGUUCGGAGCACGAACGCUUUCGAUCUGGUCGGCGCCAGGAGAAUCGAACUGCAAAGCUGGCGCUGCAAUUCAUGUCAACUGCUCUAAAGUGCUGACAAUUGUUAAAAUGGGCGAAUUUGGUACAUUCACCAAGGAACAAGCUGCUACUGCUUGCACUCCACAUGAUAAGGGAGCGGAAGCGUUACUACCUAUCAAUAAGGAUCGCGAGAGAAGAAAGAAGAAGGCAAAGAAAGAUGGAAAACGAGGCGCUCCUAGUCCUAAUAGAGAAACUUAG